AUGUAUGAUCAAAUAGACCCCACGCACAGGGCACAGGUCGUCAAUGAUAUGCUUAGCACAGAGUACGAGUACAUCACAGAACUGGAAGACUUCCUGAGUGACUAUGCGUCACCAUUGAGGCAACUGAAG